GGCUGUUUCUUCGGUAAAGCUUUAGAUUUAGAUAGUACGAUGACGGCCACGAUGGGAAAGUCUAAAAACUUUCGCAUUGAGGCGCUUUUGGCACAUGACGCAGAGCUCCGAGAGAACAGUGACGGAGGCUCCCCGGAACGGUACAGUAUGAGCCCCAGCGGCAGUCCCAUGUCCCAGCGGGGCUCAAACACGCCAUCUCCGCCCUCCCACCCGCAGAACACCCAUCCACUUCAGUCUCGAUUCCUGUCAAAACCACCGCACAUCAGCCUGCCCCAGUCCGGCCUUAGUCACCUGCCACACGGAAGAAUGUUGGGAGCUCAUCGGGGGCCCAUGUACCCUCUGGCGGCUUUGGGAGGACAGCACCCCGCCUUCUUCUACCACGGAUUUUCAGGCCUCAUGUACCCGUACGCGGAGCAUCUGAAAGGGGCGUCUCUGUCUGGAGGUGCCCCAAUGGAGUCGUGGAUCAGAGCGGGAAUGAUGAUGCCCAGGCUGGGAGAGUAUGGAGCCCAGGCACAGGCAGGACUAUUGGGAAAAUGCAGACGUCCCAGGACAGCCUUCACCAGUCAGCAGCUUCUGGAGUUAGAAAACCAGUUCAAACUAAACAAGUACCUGUCCAGACCCAAACGCUUUGAGGUGGCCACGUCUCUCAUGCUCACAGAAACUCAGGUAAAGAUUUGGUUCCAGAAUAGACGCAUGAAGUGGAAGCGCAGCCGCAAAGCUAAAGAACAACAAGGAAAUUCACUGAGUGAAGAGAUUCUUUGCUCCAAAAGUCUGGGUGACUACCACAACUCCAGUAUUGAUGAUGAUGAGGAGGACAUUGAUGGAGAGGACGAAGAGGAGAAAGAGGAACUACAAGCACUGAGGGCACCAUUCACCAGACACACUCCAGCAAACUACAGCCCUUAUUCUGAGGAGGAGGGGGAGGAGAGGAACCCAAGAACAAGAAAUGAUUUCUUUCCAUGAUUCACAGCUUGCAAUUUGGAUAUGUUUA